AUGGUCGCCAUCAUGUUUGUACGGCGUGCGCAGAUCGUCGCCGUUGUGGUGUUCUGCUGCCUGGCGGCCGCAGCAGCAUCUGCGGACCGGUUGAAGGACGAGGAGUACCUGCGGGGGGCCAAGGAGACCCCGCGCGAGGCCUUCACCGCAUGGGUGGAGAAGUACGGCAAGGGCUACGAAGAGGGCUCCGAGGAGUUUGAAGCGCGGUACGAGACCUGGCUGUACAACCUGGACUACGUCACGGAAUACAACAAGAAGCACAGUUCGCACUGGCUGUCCCUCAACAAACUGGCGGACAGGUACCCCGAAGAGUACGGAAGGAUGCUGGGCACGCGGGUGCCCGAGCACUGGGUGAGGCGCCCGGAGGUCGACGAGGCCCAUGGCGACCAGGACGGCGUGGGACUGGAGAGCAUUUUGUACGACAGCACCGACUGGAGAGAUUUUGGGGCCGUCACGGAAGUGAAGGAUCAAGGGGAUUGCGGCAGCUGCUGGGCGUUCUCCGCGGUGGGCGCCAUUGAGGGCAUGAACGCUCUCUACACGGGCAACCUCUUCUCCCUCAGCGAGCAGGAGCUGGUGGACUGCGACGGACUGGAUUUCGGCUGCGACGGCGGCUUCAUGCUCGACGCAUACAACUUCACGAGGCGGCACGGCCUCACGAAGGAGAGCAUGUACGAUUACAAGGCCAUGGAGGGGUGGUGUGAUCACAUGGAGGAGAGGCAGUAUUACGCCAAAGUGGAUGGCUACGAGCUGGUGCCGCAAACGGAAUACCAACUGAUUAACAAUCUGCAAAUGCAGCCCAUCAGCGUUGCUAUCGAGGCUGGCAGCAAGUCAUUCAUGCUCUACGCGGGCGGCAUAUACGACGCGCCGUGCGGCACGUUUCUCAACCACGGGGUCUUGGCCGUGGGCUACAACAUGACCACCAUCCACAACAACCACAAGGGAUACUUCAUCAUCAAGAACUCGUGGGGAACGGACUGGGGCGAAGACGGGUACAUCAAGUUCAAGAUGGGCCUGGACGGCGGCAUGGGCCAGUGUGGGAUCGCAAUCGCGGCGUCCUACCCGUACAUGGAGUAUGACGUGGGUGACGCAGAAGUACGGACCAGUGCCUGGCCUCGCUCCGCGGGCGGCGCUUUCGCGACCACUUGA